GUUGUUGAGAUUGUUUUCGCUAGAAAGAAAGGUGGUAACUUGAUACCUACCUCAAUAGUAUUAUCUAUUGAUAGUCUAGGAUAUGGAGAUGUCGUUGAAGAGAUUAUAAAGUUGAGUUAUGCAGGUACGAAGGCUAAAAAAUCUAUACUAGUAUUGGUCAAUCCUCAUGGAGGUAAAGGUAAAGCUAUAAAGUUAUUUUUAUCGAAAUCAAAACCUUUAUUAGAAGCUGCACAGGCAAAUAUUGAAAUUAAAGAAACAAAAUAUUUUCAACAUGCUACAGAUAUUGCAAAAACUAUCGAACUAGAUAAAUAUGAUAUGAUUGCAUGUGCUUCAGGAGAUGGUAUACCUCAUGAAGUUUUGAAUGGGUUUUAUCAAAGAGAAGAUAGAGUGGAAGCUUUCACCAAGAUACCAAUCACUCAACUACCUUGUGGGUCUGGUAAUGCCAUGUCAGAAUCUUGUCACGGUACAAACAAUCCAUCAUUCGCGGCAUUAUCAUUAUUGAAAGGCAUUCCUGUGAGUAUUGAUUUGAUGGCAUGUACACAAGGUGAUAAGACCUAUGUUUCAUUCUUAAGUCAAACUUUUGGUGUUAUUGCAGAUUCUGAUAUAGGCACUGAAUCUCUUAGAUGGAUGGGUCCUUCAAGAUUUGAAUUGGGUGUUGCAUAUAAAGUGUUCUCUAGGGCAAAGUAUCCAUGUGAAAUAUCUGUUAAAUAUGCUGCAAAGAGUAAAAACGAAUUAAGGUCUCACUAUGAUGAACAUGUUAACAAAAUACUGGAUAAAAAAUUGAAAAUAUCUGAAGAAACUUACAAAUUAGAAUAUGAUCCAAGUGGUCCAAUACCUGAUGAUUGGGAACAAAUUGAUCAAGAUUUAGCUGAUAAUUUAGGUAUUUUCUAUACUGGUAAGAUGCCAUACAUCUCAAAAGAUGUUCAAUUCUUCCCUGCUGCAUUGCCAAAUGAUGGUACUUUUGAUUUAGUUAUAACGGAUGCACGUACAAGCAUAACAAGAAUGGCACCUACAUUACUAUCGUUAGACCAAGGCUCACAUGUAUUACAACCUGAGGUGCAACACUCAAAGAUAUUGGCUUAUAGAUUGAAACCAAAACUAACACAUGGUUAUUUAUCAGUCGAUGGUGAAAGUUAUCCAUUUGAACAAAUCCAAGUUGAAAUUUUGCCUGGGGCAGCUAAAACUUUGUUGAGAAAUGGUAGCUAUGUGGAGACAAAUUUCUGA